AAAGUUUUUGUUUUGAUGCAAGGUGCCAUCCUCACUGAAUGCGGUAGUUUUAUCGUGGAUUUGAACGUGCGCGCUCGAAUUUCCCGGUGUGGGAAUGCGGCAUGAUAAAUUGAAGAUGAUAAGACGUGUGAUAAUGGAAUAAACUGAAAAAAAAUAAUUUGCGAAAAAUACAUUUGUGAUCUUCUUGGGUAACGUAUAAUACAGUCUACUCAGGUCGUAAUCCUGAUUUCUUCAGCGUAGUGAUAAGUGUUCAAGUGAGUCGUUGUCGAAGAUUUUUUUUAAUUAGUGAAAAGUUAGGAGACUCUACCCAUUCCGAUGUCAUCGACUGUCAACAUGGCUAACUGCAAUCAGGACGAGAGUAAUGAAAUGCUGGGAGCCACGUUGAUAGGGCGACGAAAGGGUACCACAUCUAAGGGAAAAGCCUUAACCGAAGAAGAGAUUAAAGGUUAUGUUUCGCCAUCAGAUAUUGAGCAUGAGAAGCAAAGAAACCCAAAUGCAGAAUAAAUUGCUUCCAGAUCGGCAAAACGGAAUUCAGUUUGUGUCUUCCAAACGCACUUGAAUAUGACCGUUGUUUAAACUGUUACAUUACACCGACUACUCGUUCGAUUGUGUAGGUAGGGUAUCUUUUGUGGGACAAAAAUUCAUCACCAUUCCUUCAGAAGAUAAGAGUAUACCGUGUUUGGUGCGCAAUACAAAACCAGUGAGCUGCAGUCGCAGCUCACUUUGAUGGUGACGCCGAUGACGAUGAUGUGUCGCUAAGCUAACGAUCUAACCUGACACAUGGGAAGAUAACACAGUACUGACUUGUUCCGCUCGCGUUGAAAGGCAGAAAGAAGAAAAUAAAACAAGCAAGACAUUGGACUCCGAGGGCAAACACCUCAAUCUGGUAGAAGGUUUUGUUUUCGUUUCCUAUCUAUGAAUUGGCUCCUGACGGUCGAUGGUGGUGGAUACACCGAAACCGACGGUCCUUCGAAGUGCUUCAAUCAAUGUUAACUGAUAACAACUUGGAGCCCGAUUUGCAAGACCGCAAUCUACUUUACUCGAGCGAUAGUGAAACGUGUAAUCAGAAUACCUGGGACAGGUGAUAAGAAUCAAGACAAUAGACAAAUUUUUCUGGCUCUCGCACCCGUCGUCGAACAGUGGCAGUUUUCAAUUUACAGUUCAACUAUGAUGAGUAGUGCGGCGGAAUCGCCAACGGAUAUCGAAACAGAAAUGGUUGCCGUGACGGAUGGCGUCCGUCGUGUGUUGGAUAGUAAUUUUCUCAUUGCAAAAACGGACCGCGAAGGCACUCCUCCGAAAUGUUCCAACGACAAUAGUUGCGAUGAGCUGUCGUCCAGUGUUAAAGUUAUUGGCGAGGAAGUGGCUUCCGGUACGGACUCAACUACCGAGGAAGGACCCAAACCGAAGCUGAAGAAACGCAUUAUCAAACGAAUCGUUAAGAAGAAAAAGAUUGUUCCCAAGAAGGAUGAAAAAUUCUAUUUGCGGACAGCAUUUGACCUAUUGGACCGAGAUCAAGAUGGCCACGUGACACCCGAGGAACUGCAGUUCAUGCUGCGGAACCUGGGUAUUCACGUGCGCGACGAGCUCAUUGACGACCUGCUGCGGGAAGCCAGCCGAACAGGCAGUGGACUAAUAGAUGAAACCGAGUUCCUUCAGUGGGUGGCGCGAAUUCAAGCUCUAAAGGAAGACAGCAGCACAAGCAGCAGCAGUAGUAGUAAUAGUGCUACGCAGGCGGCCGACGAUGACCUCACCCAGGAUCUGGUUGCUGCCUUCAGGGUGUUUGACCGAGACGGAAACGGAUAUAUCACCCGAGAUGAGCUCAAAUCGGCGAUGGAUAUGAUUGGGGAAAAUGUGACGGAGUAUCAACUGAACGAAAUGCUAGAACUAGCGGAUGCUGACAAAGAUGGCAGAAUCAACUACGAAGAGUUUGCCCGAUUAUUACUGUAAAAUGAUUGGUUCAUUACUGUACGUUAAGGACAAAAGAGAUGGUCCAAGGACACCAAGGCAGAGGAAAACCAACAGUGACGCCGCUGCAACAAACCUGGACAUUCUGGUCAUUUCCCGAACCCGAAGUAGACAUAGAUGAAAAUUAAUAGCAUUUUAUUUUUUGUUAUUUUCUGAACACCGCUUGACUUACUUAGAUACGCUUGACUUUCAGUGAACUAUUGUGCAUCUCGUAUUACAUACAUUUUAGCUAUAUAAUAUGAGGAUAUUUCUAGUUAUUACCAAUUAUACCGGCGAAAUCUGUAAUAAGCAAAUUUAUGGUGGUACACGUGAAACGAAGAAAGAAUCGUGCUUAGUUUACAAUGAGCAGUUCUUUAAAUGAUGAUAGCUGCAAACCAAACAAGAGUGUAUGAAUAGUUAGCUUAGCGUUGUAAUAUUUAUAUUUUGUUUUUACCUUUUGUUUGUUUGAUUGUUGUUGUUAUAACCAAAACCAUAAUUGCAGCUAAAUGCAAUAUAAAUAUCCCAUAAGUUAAACUAAUAAGAACAAAUCAAGAUUAUCUAAUUAUAAUCGUUAAAAUAUCAUACCCAUACAAACGAAACAUGAGGUUAUGUUUAAAAAAUUUUGUACAAAAACUUUUUUUUCCAUUUCUUCCAAAAUAUUUCUCAUGACAAUUCUGUACGACUAACCCACACAUUACAUCUGUCGCACUGAUAGUUCAUACUGGCCACAUCUGUUUGUGAGUGAACUAGUUAAGUUCAGUUUUUCAUUCAAUUUUAACCUAAAAUGGAGCAAAUGUGGGAAAAGCAUAUACGUUUACUGCUACUAAAGUAUAAUUAUAUCAAAAAAUAAUGAAUCUAACUCAUAAGACACAAAUACACCGGGUUAUGUAACUCAUACGACAAACAAGAAAAUGUAACGGAAGUGCGCAGAGCAAUAGAAUGCUCCAGGCACCAACCGCACAAUAUUAUUGAACGGAGUUUUUGUUCCUGAAUUCCAUCAUUGUGAUUGAUGCUAUUGUCCUGCUACUCGGUUCGUGAGCAUUUGGUUCAUGAGAAAUUAUCAGCAAUGAAUACGUGAUGAAUAAAAGUGAAAACGACUAGCUGAUUCGAAUGCUUUUUAAUGUGACUGAUCUGUCAAUGUGGUUUACUUGUCAGCUGUCAAUAUUGUUUCCAUUGUUUUAAUAUGACCAAAAUGUAUUCCACAAGACGAAAUUUCUGUAUCACGUCUUGAUUAAUGCAAUAUAACUCAUACGAACUACAAUAAUUAUCAACGAACAUAAAAAUUUGAAGCUUCAACUAGAAAAAUCUAUUUUAUACGGUCACUAUAAUACAUUUUAUAAGUUUCAUUCCUAAUAAAUGAUUCAAAUUCAAAUGAAAAAUUGAUAGUGUAUUGCAUACACAUUUUUUUGCACUUGGUCAGCUUCCCGAUCACUAAAAUAAAAAUAACAGUCUUAAAAUGCUUGUUACGCCUGAUUAUUUCUUGUGAACCAUGUGUUUCACAAAUCGAAAAGAGCAGCCUAUACCCGCAUACGCAUGGCUGCCAGACGGCUGACUAAACGCUGCCAGCUGGAAAAAUAUAGCUGGCAGACAUUCUGGUGACCGACUGCCUCACCGCUGGCAGUUAUACAACUCAAACGAUACAACCGUAUCCACCAGGAUUUUUCCACAUUGAAAUCUUUAACAUUUUCAGCGAAGGUGAGAAGAUGAAAACGCUCGGCUAACUUAGAUACAGGUGACAUUGUUUUGUCAAAUAGGAUUUGACAACCGUCACUGAAUCAAUUUUGGUAGCCGUCUGGUGGCCAUGGCUGCCCAGGUAGCCAAAACGCUAUGCGGGUACUUGCUAUUAAAUAAUGCCUAAACAUAACCUCACUGAUAAAAAAUAUUUUAAAUCCAAGUAAAAUAAAUGCAUCGUUAUUGUACUUCCAACUUUGACAAACACACAUAAAACCAACUGUUUAGUACUCAAACACAAACAAGAUUAACAGUAAACAAAGCAACAAUUAGAGGAACUUGGCAUCAUGACAUCAAAUGCCAAAACUCCACCAAGAAAUGCUAAACAAGUAUGCAAACAGAAAAAUGUGAACAAAACACUAAAAUAAUAUUAUAUAAAGCUAGUUGCUGUUGAUGAAAGAAGCAAAAGAAUAAAUAAAAUAAUAUUCGUGAUCGUUAUUAUUGAAUAAAACUAUAUUUUCAGCUGAUGAUCGCUUUUUAUAAACGCGUGUAGUUGAAAAAAAUACUAACAGAUGACGCCGGGCCUACACGAUUGAAAAAAAUCGCGGGUGCUCAAACAAAUCGCAAUCAAGAAAAAAAUCGAAUUGGGUUUCAAAACAAUAAUACAUAAACAAACUGAUUAAAUUGACUGAUUUUUAAGCGUGAAACAAGAGAAUAAAAUUUUUUAAUGCGAGAUGAAAUAUAUUAUCGAAUGCAGUGAACAAGACAUAAUAAAUGUCACUGGCAUAUUUUUAGAGAGAUUGUUUUAACGAGCUUUUAAAAUAUUAACAAAUACGUGAGUUUUACAAAAAUAUUAAUCUGAACUCUUCAACAUAAACCUAUUUCUAGAAACCAAGCACUUCGAAACAGCAUUGUCUGUUAAGCAGGCCAUCACUGUCGUCAGUCUUGAAUGGCAUGAUUUUACAACGCAUUGCUUUGUCAGCGUGCGUUCCAUAUUUUUACAAAGAUCUGCUAGAGUUCACCAGAUAUGCACUUCCGCGCUACCCACCCCUUGUAAGCGAAAACGUCCCAAGUGAAACAAUCUCUGAAAAGAUUAAUCAGCCUGGGUAAUUGCACUGAAAAACUUGAUACAUCCAUAAUAGGGUUUCAGAUCUGAUUCAUCAUUUCAAUAAGAUUGUUUUAUCUCUUAAUCUAGCAUAAGAAUUGAAGUAUCUGAACAACCACCAAGUAUAGGCAAAUAUAUUAACCCAUCCAUACAUUAUGAUAUUACCAUAACCUUGAGGUAACAUACUAUUCCGAGAGUUUUUAAGAUACAGGGUGGCGCAAAAGACACCAGGCAAAUAUGAGCAAAACCGAACACGGCAUCGAAAAGUAGAAGAAUGACGGCUUAUUUUCAUCUAGUAGUUUAGUUUAAUUAUAAUUCGUUUUUGAAGAAUAAGUCGUACGUUACAACUAUCCGUGAGUUAAAAAAACAUUUUAAAUCAAAGCCGAAAAAGCGGACUUUCCGGACACCAGAGAAUGUUGAACGAAAGCACACAGGAUGGAGCCACGUGCCAUACCUCGAGAGAAACGUUGGCAGUGUUGAAAAAAUACUUCCGCAAGCGAAUCACUCCCAGAAAAACUGAUUUUCCUUGAACGCCGCGAUCGCCUGACUUACCGAGUUAUAACUUCUAUAUAUAGGGCUAUUUAAAAAGUAAAGUUUACAUCAACAAUCCUAGGAUUUUGUACGAUCUGCGGGACAACAUUCGGCGUUAAAUUGCCAAAAUUGAUAACGACUCGUUAGAAAAAGUGGCCAAUAUUUUCUUAAAACGGCUCGAAAAUUGCAUAUCAAGUAAUGGAUAUUAUUUGUCAAAUAUUGUUUUAAAAAAAUAAACAGUUGUAAACCUUCAUUCUUCUGCUUGUUAUUGAUGGUUAGUUUUUUUCGUUUAGCCCUUCGGAGCAUUUGUCAGUUUACAUAAUAAAUAUGUCAGGCUCCUUUGCGCAACCCUGUACAGGUUCUCUUCAGGUUCCGAAAUAUGGAAUCCUUUAUAACACUUGUUGGUUACACGUUACAGUUUUUGAACAUGUUUCAGAACAUUACAUGUAAAAUUGGAAUGUUUUGGAAUAAUCUGUCAGAAUAAAUCUGACAAAAUGUCAGAAUAAUUUUAUUAUGAAAGUGUUCCAAAAAUGUUUGAAAUUGGUGAUAAUUUACCUCUCAGUAAAAGCUGCACAAUCAUCAAUACGUCAUCAUCGACUAUGUAGCUCCUGAGACUAGAUGCGAUAGAGAUCUAAACGUUUCAUGUUUUAAUAAUCAAAUAAAUGUUAAAAGACUAUGAAUGGUUAGAGUUUUAAUUGUCACACUAUGAUCAAUGUAUUAUGGCGGUAAAUUCAAUUAUGAGUUCAUAGUGCAAUUACCAGUAAUAUAAAAAAACAGUUUGCGUAUGUUAAACUAUCAUCUGAGUUUUUCCAACCAAGUUUCAUUUUAUCGCAAAAUGUUAUACUAUUACCGUCCUAUAUGAAAACAUAAAACAUUUCCGUUUCGAGCCCCAGAGUAGACUUGAAUGACUUGUGCAAAAAGACAUACGAUACACUUGUAUUUUUUGGAAAAAUUUUCGUGUCUGACUAAACGUGUAUUACGUUUCUAGCUUCUAUUAAAUGUCUAUUCAACACUACAAGCGCAUUAAAGUAUAUCUAAAUAAAAAAAGCUACGUUUACGGAAUGCAGCAAAUUUAGUAGUGUACUGAACAAUGUUAUCUAAGAAACCAUAUUUACAUUAUUAUGAAACUUCUUUCGAUGCCUACAAAUCAGCAAAUGUAAAACUUGGCACAAAUUCCUUUGGUUGGUUACCUUUAAAUACUGGCUUCGAAUGAAUCGAACGUAUUCCUUGGCGUUAGAUACAACAAAUCACCGCAAGAUUCCGCCUGUACGAUGAUCCCAAAACUAAACCCAAAACGAACGUCAUCCAAAAUCUAAAACAUAAUAAUAUUGUGGCCUUUUUUAUCAGUCGAUGCAACACUGAAUCAAGCCAAGCUGCACAGGAACAAAAAAAAAAAAAGAAACAUAUAUUAUCAAAUUAUAUUAUAUUAUCGCAGCGUUUUCGCCGGAUAAGUUUCGUUGAAUCCAUUUUUAUGCGAUUUUAAUAGAAGUGUGCAUACUGAUUGAAUGAUUAUUGUCGGUUUCAGUAAUGAUAAUUUCUCGAACUAAUAUGAAAAUACACACUUGUUGUCGACACCUAUUUUGAGAAAUAAAUCAAAACUUAUUUAGCAAAUGAUAUGCUUUUUUUGCAAGAGAACAUUAAAAGAAGCAAAACAAACAUAACAUAUAAACAUAAUAUUUAAAAUAUUGGUUACAGCAGUUACUGUUGAAAAUUGCAAACAUGAAAAAGAGAAACAAUAAGUAAAAAAUGUCACCAAACUGUUUUCUCUAUAUGCACACAAAUGCAGUGCUAUCGCAUAGAAUAACUCUGUGGAUACAUCGCGGAACAGUAACACAUGAAGUCCAAAUGAGAGGAACAGUCAUAAAUAAAUAAAGUUAUUUUGAACGUUA